GCCAGAUGGCGCUCGUUUCCAGUCAUUUUUACAGCUCAACAGAUUUUCCAGAGAAGCAAUGGCUGGCUGCAAUGCCAUGGACAAGUUUAACGAGGAAGUGGCGAAAGUGCCGUUCGGGACCAAGACGCUGGAUGCGGUGCUGUGUGUGCCAGCCUCGGUGAAAGACGUUCAGACAGCCGUGAUACUAACUCACGGAGCAGGAGGAGACAUGAACUUCAGACAUUUGGUCUCUCUUGCACACACGCUGGCAUCUGGUGGGUUUGUCUGCCUCCGCUUCACGUGCAAAGGCUUAAACCUGGGUUACAGGGUUAAAGCUUACAAUGCCGUGUGGGAAUACUUGAAAACUUUGCCCAGGUUUACAUUAAAGAACAUAUUUUUUGGAGGCAGGUCAAUGGGAAGCCGUGCUGCUGCAGCCCUCGCCAGACAGCUGAGCGAUGAAUCUGAGGAUGCGGUGCAGGGCGUCAUCUGUCUGUCUUUCCCCCUGCACCCACCAGGAAAGACGCACACCCGCCACCAGCGGAGCGAAGAUUUAAAAAUGCUGUCUGCAAGCCAUCGCGUGCUGUUUGUGUCUGGCACGGACGACAACAUGUGCAACAGGGCCCUUUUUAAUGAGGUUCUAAAAGAUAUGAAAGCCGAGGCUGAGGUUUUUUGGUUACCAGGAGGCAGCCACGGACUGACGGUGAAAGGAAGGUCUGAGGAUUCUGUAAUGGACGAAGUGAAUUUAAAAGUCCUCCAGUGGAUUAAAGAACAAACCAGAUAGUGGAAUCACCAUUUGAAGUUUAUUGAUUUGUUUCACUUUGUUGUUAAAUAAAUGAUUUUACACCAUAGUGUGACUUAGUACUGUGUGCAACUGCAUUUAGUCAUACAUUUAUAUGAAGUUUUUUUUUUUCAUUGUAGUUUGCAAAAUGCAGGUUUUUCUUCUCUGAAAUAGAAAUGCAUAAAUAGAGCAAGAGGACAAGAAAAUACAUUUUAUAAUAAUGUUACUAAAGUAAAUUAAACUUGUAGGUCCACCUAUGAAAAUUCAAAAUGCACCCAAAAUAAUGCAUUAGUGAUUGUCAAUCAUUAGCUGAAAAUAUAUCCUUGUGAUAUACUUUUAAGACAAACUUCUGGGGCUGACGGGUUUCAGGUCCGAUUCUCGACCCUGGGCCAGCUACUGCAUGUCGUCUUUCUGUCCUACUUCCUGUCAAGCUACUAAUGAAAAAAGGAAACUAGCGCCACAAAAUCUUAAAAGUAAACCCAAUUCUUUUCAUGUUUCAUAAUAUUUAUUUAAACAUAUGUAAUUUGAAAAUUGGUGUACUACUACACUUCCCAUGACUGAAAACCAGGCUAAGAAGCAUCUGUACUUGUUUACUGUGGUUCUGAUAUAAAAAAAAGGGCCUUGAUCUGGGAGCUUUUGUUCUGCCCUGCCGUGCCUAUUGGUUUAUUUAAAAGAAGAUGUAAUAAAUGUUGAUGUAAAA